AUGCCACACCAGGUCCUGCUGCCCACGCUGCUCCUCUGCAUGCUGCCGCUGCUCAUGCAGACCCAGGGAGGCCCCCUUGAAAGUAAAUGGAAGAGGAUGCAGAAAACACGACUGGUCCCCAAAAUCAAGAUCUGUGAGAAGACACCUGAAUUUUAUCAGUGCAACCGCCAAUGUGAAGCUCACCGAGACUGUCAAGCAAAUAACAUAUGCUGUUCAGCCUUCUGCGGGAACAUCUGCAUGAGCCUCCUACAAGUGGAAGCGUGGACUAUGCUUCCUGCUCCCCUCAAACCCCCACAAACUGAGCACACAUCGGAAGCAUGA